CCACACUGCGGAACUUUCGGCGCAGUUUCUCCGACGCAGACGCUUCGACACCAUCACCAAUCCUCACCUGUAGGCCUACACUUACCUGCCCCCCCAUUCCGGUUCGUACACCCCUCUGUUUCCGUGGAAACUUGCUGGAGACGUUGCCGGCUGUUUUUCUGGGAUCGUUUACUGACUCUUCCGCUGCCGCAGCACCUUUUCCCACGUCCGUUUACCUCUUUCCACCGCAAAUAUGGAUCAAGCAAAGCUGGCGCGCAUGCAAGCGUCGGUACGCAUUGCCAUCUUCCACAUCCACCCCCGCGACAAACGCACAGCUAUUUUGCUCCCGCCCCACCAUCACCCGCGACCGCAUCUACCAAUUGGCAAGGGCACUCCCCGCAGGAAGGUCAAGAAGGUCCACAAGAGCGCUGGUACCGACGAUAAGAAGCUCCAGACUGCCCUCAAGAAGCUCAACGUACAGCCCAUCCAGGCUAUUGAGGAGGUGAACAUGUUCAAGAGCGACGGAAACGUCAUCCACUUCUCAGCACCCAAGGUGCACGCUUCCGUGCCCGCCAACACCUUCGCCAUCUACGGUAACGGUGAAGACAAGGAGCUUACCGAGCUCGUCCCCGGUAUCCUCAACCAACUCGGCCCCGACUCGCUCGCGUCGCUACGCAAGCUCGCCGAGAGCUACCAGAGCAUGCAGAAGGAGAAGGGUGAGGACGGUGCCAAGGAUGAUGAGGACGACGACGACAUCCCCGAUCUUGUAGCUGGCGAGAACUUCGAGCAAAAGGCCGAGGUCGAGUAA